CGCUGUCCUUCUCUCCCGUCUCUCUCACUGCCAGCUGCUCAGACACAAAGUCUUAUGCAACUAACCAGGCCUCAGCUCACCAACAGGAAUCCUACACAGCAUAGGACCAUGAUGGGGAGAAACAAAACUACAGAUAGAUAAAUCCACCUGCACUGAGCACCGGCUUUUUACAGAUCCAGCUUCCAGAAACUCUGAGCCAAUCUUUUCUGAUCUUUUUGUUAUUUCAUACUUUUGGGGUCUUUUUGUGACUUGUUAGUAUCCCGGUUACAACUUUGUCCUGCCGCCUCUGAAAGGAAAGUCUCUUCAGGCUGCAAAAGACACUUGAAACGUAUAACUUCCUUUGAACAGUCCGCUGAAUUCCAUAGAAAGAGACAGAAGUGAUAUGACAACAGUUCUACCAUUUCCAAUCUCGAGUGUUCUAAUCUAGUGUUCUAGCCUGAGCAGAGGUCGUUUCCGUGCCUGAGGAUGCUGAACCUAAACUCCUCGGACAGCAACAUUAACAGCAACAGUAACUCCUUGUCGGACCCCGUGUCUCUCAACGUUGGCGGUGAGAUCUACACUACGACCCUGGACACUCUGACUCGCUACCGAGACUCCAUGCUGGGCGCCAUGUUCACCGGACAGAUCUCUACGCUUAGGGACAAACGCGGAAACGUUUUCAUCGACCGCGACGGGAAGGUUUUCCGCUAUAUCCUGAACUUCCUACGUUCCAGCUCCCUGGACCUGCCGGACGGGUUCUCUGAGAUGAGGCUGCUGAGGAGGGAGGCAGAUUUCUUCCAGAUACGCCCCCUACUGGAUGAGAUACAGCGGCACGUUGAGGCUGGAGCGCUCAGCCUGAGAAAUGCACCCAGAAGAGCCUUGCUGCUGGUGGACGUGGACUGCCAGGUGCGCGUGCUACACUUCAACCUACGGCGUGCUCCCGAGAACUACGAACUCCGCACAUGCUCAGUGUGCAUCCUCACCGCCGAAAUCUUCUGUACCUGGCGUACCUUUCUGGUUCUCCUCUGUGAGCGUUUCUCUUACCGCACAACCCAGGGUCUUACUUCCCCCAACCCCAGUGACCAGCGCUACAACCGUCUCAAACUGGAGUGGGUUCCCCGGCCAGACGAACUUCCCCAGGACCAGUAUGAGAAACAGCGGUACAGAGGACUCAUCAUCUCGGACUCUUGGGCCACACAGACCCACUUUGGUGACCUCUGUGAUGCCAUCAUCCCACGCCGCAGCCCCUGUGAGGUCAAAGACAUGCACAGGUUUUUGGAGGAGCUGCUGACGGUGUCUUUGGCAGAGGGUUUUAGGGUUGACUCGGUGACCCCUGACUCCAUGGACGUUUUGAACUGCCAUACUCUGCAACUUGUACGGUAGUGAUGUAGCUCAUUCCAGCUCACCACUGAAUCACCAGUUAUGGAUUUAAUGAGACUAAAAUAACAAAGGUCACCCUAUAAUGUUUACAACCUACUGCACGUGACUGCUUAUGGAUGGUCAAUAAUUAACAUACUUUACUAAUACUGUAAAGUUCAAAGGUCGCUCUAUGAUGUUUACAAUCCUCCCUUUGGUGUGAAGCUGAGACUGACCCUGCCAUCUGAACCCUCUAACGAAUUCUAACCUGGGUAGCCCUGCAGUGGAACAGACUGUUCUUGACGUGUUGUAGUCUGUUCGAAAAUGUAGGGUAGGCCUACAUCUGGUUUUACAGAAUAGACCCUGUCCCCAACAAUAAGGAAUCCUGUUGAUGAUCAGUGCAGUUCUUAAAGAGGCAGAGAGAGACGUCGACCGGGUGUGUGAUUAGACUGAGUGUUUGGUGGGGUAUCUGUGAGAAUGUAGGAGGGGUGAUCCGAACAUUCCAAAGAGUGGGUAUCAGUACUUCUGCUGGUAUUGUUUUGUUUAAAAAAAACGUGUUAGAGAACUGUGUAACAAACUGACCAGUCUGUAGAGUUGUUUACAACACAUCAAGUACACUUUAAUAAACACUACUAAAUGAAAGGUAUUACUCCCUGAACCCCUAUCAGUCAGACUGGUGCAAGCUCCUUUCUGGUAGGCGGAAGUGGGAUAAGAUGUGUAUUUUUUGAAUGGAGGAAGGAAGGAAGAAAUAUGUGAGAGGAAAAGAUGAGUAUGGGAGAGCAACAUGGAGGACUGUAGUGCCCAAAAACCUGUUUUAGCAUGGGCAGCACCAUAGAGGACUUUCACAAUUUUUAAGUAGUCAACUGGGUGGUACUUCUUAUGUCUUAAGGAAGGAUCACAUGAUUCCAUACGGGUCAUCAGGAGGGAUCAGCCAAUUAAUUAUAUUUGUCAACCUUGGCUUUAUACCUGUUCAAACAACAUGCUCUAGGUGGCAGUAUGCACACUUUCAGUUUGUUUGCCAACUCAUAGAAGUAGAAGAACAAGAAAAUGGACUACUUCAAAAUGGAGAUGGCCUCAACGGCGCUGCCCAUGCUCAAACAAUUGCCAUAAUGGGUCAGAUACAAUAAUGUGAUGUCUACCUAAGUAUAUGGAGAGGAAAGAUGCCCGGUUGGAAAACAACCUCUAGCCCCUUCCUCCUACCCCCAUCUACUCAGCUCGCAAUGCAUCUGUAACUUGCUGAUCCAAAGGAAACAUAUAAAGUAUGUGCAAGGAUUAAGGUCAUGGCUUUACUAUCCUUCCAAUACUGUUUUCAGUGUUUUGAAUGAACUCAAAAGCAAAUGACUGAAUUCACUAGCUGUAUAUUUAUCUCUACAUGAGCGAUACAGUGAAGAGCAAACACUGUGCAUUUUUCCAUUAUGUACAACUUGACCACAAAAAAAGCACAUUCCUAUUGAUUUGCAGGGUCUUUUGUUUGCGGAUGGAGCAAUGUUUAAUCAAGCAGAUGGGGGUGAAAUGAGCAGGUAAGGCAAUCUUUUGUAUGACUUUUCUUCAGAGUGCCUUAAACUAUCAUGAUUCUAAUACAGUUAAUAAUUGCCAAGCACUAAAUCAAGUGAAGUAUAAUCUCUUGUGGUUGCAUCUCAAAGACUGUUAUGUUGUAUUAUACAAUUACUCCGAAAAGUGCCAUCAAUAUGAGAUUAUUGUUUACACUAUAAGUAACUCUGCAAAAUAAACAGAAUGAGUUUGAUACCUUAUAGUUCAUGCAACAUCUGUUCACAAUGUAACGUUACUUCCUGA